AUGAGGCCGCGGCGGCACUCGUACGGCAGGGGCGGCAGGAGCGCGGCGGCGGCGGUGCUGCUGGUGCUCUGCCUCUGCGUCACCGGCGUCUUCCUCCUGCUCCUGCACGGCUCCUCCCCGCCGCUGGACACGGAGGGAGGGAAGGAGCAGGCGGCCGCGGCGGGAGGAGGAGGGGGGAGGCACGAGGGGCCGGUGGUCCUGGCCGAGGUGGAGGAGGCGCCGCUGCCGCCGGGGAACGCCAGGGUCGCCUUCCUCUUCAUCGCCCGCAACCGCCUCCCGCUCGACCUCGUCUGGGACGCAUUCUUCCGUGGCGACAAUGAGGGGAGGUUCUCCAUCUUCGUGCACUCGCGGCCAGGCUUCGUGCUCACCCGCGCCACCACCCGCUCCCGCUUCUUUUACAACCGGCAGGUCAACAACAGCGUCCAGGUGGAUUGGGGGGAGGCGAGCAUGAUCGAGGCCGAGCGCAUCCUUCUCAGCCAUGCACUCAAGGAUCCCUUCAAUGAGCGCUUCGUUUUUGUGUCCGACAGCUGUGUACCAUUGUACAAUUUCAACUACACUUAUGACUACAUAAUGUCUGCAUCAACCAGCUUUGUGGACAGUUUCGCCGAUACAAAACAGGGCAGGUACAAUCCACGAAUGGACCCAAUCAUCCCGGUGGAGAAUUGGAGAAAAGGCUCGCAGUGGGCUGUGCUGAUUAAAAAGCAUGCUGAAGUUGUGGUUUAUGAUGAUGUGGUGUUGCCAGAAUUCAAGAAGCAUUGCAGGAGAAGGCCCUUACCAGAGUUCUGGCGGGACUGGGAUAAACCUAUUCCUGCUGAGGCAUGGAAGGCACAUAACUGCAUACCAGAUGAGCACUAUGUUCAAACAUUGCUUGCACAAAAUGGGCUUGAAGAAGAGCUUACCCGGAGAUCAGUUACACAUAGCGCAUGGGAUCUAUCAUCUUCUAAAGAUCGUGAAAGGCGUGGAUGGCAUCCUGUAACAUACAAAGUCUCUGAUGCUACACCCGCACUUAUAAAAUCCAUUAAGGAUAUUGAUAAUAUAUAUUAUGAGACCGAAUAUAGAAGAGAGUGGUGCACAAGUAAUGAGAGACCAGCACCUUGCUUCCUCUUUGCAAGGAAGUUUACACGCGGAGCCGGUCUGAAGCUUCUUAACUCAUCAUUUAUAGCAGCAAGAUGA